AAAGUAUCUAUUUUUUUAGCUGCUGUGCUACCGUUGGUACUGGUGGCAUUAUGUUCACAUUGUGCGUUCUCAGAAGUUACGCAGUCAACAAAUUCUUAUUUGUCUACGGCUGAUAGAGUGCGUUUGAAGAGCAUCCUUCAAUUAGGAUUUCAGUUAGACGAUGUACCAUCAGUAUACUAUGCUGUUAGUGGAUACAAGCUCCUUGGAGAAGCUAUAUCAAAAGCAGAUGCUAUUUGCAAAUACUUAAUAAAAUCUAAUGGGGAAAACAUCACACCUGAAACGGCAUUUUAUCUUACUUCCACAUGGAAAGCUAUUGGAGGCUGCCAAGAAUUUUCUACUAGUAUCGUGACAAAGGUAUUGACAAAUGUUAUACAAAAGGAUACUUCUACACUCUCUGAUCUGUAUUAUGCAGUGAGUGGUUUGACAGCUUUGUCACAAAAGGUACCUUCUGCCAGAAUUGAUAAGUUAGUAAAAUUAAUUCAAGCAACUUUAAGGAAAGAUGAUAGUUUAUGGAAUUUGGGAUACGUAUUCCACAUUGCUGCAGACAUAGGUACGCCAGCUGCAUUUGCUUUUGAUCGUAUCGAAGAUGCUGUAGUACAAGCAGACGAAGUGGAUGGCCAAUAUUUACAGUUUGAAGGCGGUCUUUCUAUAACAAGUUUCCUUGUUAAUGGUAUUCUUAAAUUAUCAACUUCGUUAAAGAAAAAGCCACCAUUGAACUUUCAACAGACUGUCAAAUUGAGUAAUUAUCUUUUCUCGCGACGUUCUGUACAAACGACAAAAGGUGUUACAAAUUUGCUGUCUGCUUUAACUACUUUGGCGGUUGAUAGUUCUGAAAAGCCAGUUUGCAUAACUCUAGCCGAUGGAGGACUUAUUAUAUCUAAUAAACAACCGUUAGUUACGGUUAAAAUUUGCGAUAUUCUUGGUCAAGCAUUGCCAAUCAUACCCAAAGUCGUUGCAAAUUCUGCUACACGAGUGGGAGAUGAUGUCGUUAUUCUCAGCAAUGAAAAUUUGCAACCAUCUACAACAGAUAAGACUCUGUUCACAAUGAACCUUAUGAAUGUGAAACCUGAUCGCGGUUUUUACAAAAUAUUAGUAACCGCGGCUUCAGUCACGAAUACAGUUACAGUGAAGGUUUUAUCUGAAGCAAUAUUGGAUUACUUAGAGAUCGGUACUGGUGAUGCUGAUCAGACUACUCAACCAAAACUUACGAGAAUAAAUACAGAAUCUCCCUCAGGCAAGCUCGAACAUAAAAUAGAAGCUGAUUCUCAGCAAAAACUAGUCAUGCGAUUUUUGUUACGUGACUCCGCCAAUAAGAAACCGAUGCGCGUACAUCAAGCCUUUGUGCGUCUUAUAUCCAUUUCCACAUCUAUCAAUAAUAAGCGAGGUCAUGAAAUCUUUUUCGUCGCUGAGCCCGAUGCCGCUCACGUUUAUAAAUUUGAUAUGCCGGUCGGGACAGCAGCUGCAAAUUUCGGUCACCAAAGCGGAGAAUAUAACAUGGAGUUAAUUGUUGGUGAUGCUGUGAUAAGUAAUCCGUUCCGUUUUAACAUUGGCACGAUAACUCUGAAAUUUCCUGAGCCGACUUCAACAGAAAGUGCUGAUAAAAACAUCUCUUAUAAGCAAAAACCGAAUGUGUAUACAACCAAACCGGAAAUAAAGCAUAUGUUCCGUGAACCUGAACGUAGACCUCCGGCAUUUGUAUCAAAUUUAUUCACAGGUUUAUGUUUGGCACCAGUUCUACUAUUGUUGAUUUUAUGGAUUCGGCUUGGUGUCAAUAUCUCGAAUUUUCCCUUGUCUCUUAGUGCGAUAACAUUUCAUCUUGGAUUAGGAGGUAAAUAUUAAUAAUAAAUAUUAAUU